AUGGCUCAGGCUGUGGCUCUCAUUUUGGGCUACGGACCAAAUGUUGGAUUUGACGUUGCUGAAGCGUUUGCAGCACAAGGUUAUAAAGUGGCGACAGUCUCACAUUUUUCUGACCCCUCCUCAAUUCAUGGCAUAUUCUCCAAAGUCAUAAACGAACUUGGCCAUCCCAGCGUUGUAGUCUAUAAUGCGUCAUCAUUUUCUCUGAAACCUUCAACCUCUUUGGAGCAACAGAUUGCGGCUUUUCAGUGUGACAACAACAUCAACAUUGUGUCUGCAUAUGUUGCGGCACAUUUGGCCACAAAAUCUUUCGCUCUUCUCCAACCUGAAUCAUCCAAGACGUUCAUCUAUACAGGCAACAAACUCCCUUUCAUGGUUGUACGACCACUACUAUCUCAAGGGGUUGGCAAAGCAGGGUCGGCGCAUUUGAUGCACUAUUUAGCAGAGGAGCACAAGGACUCUGGUUACAAAUUUUACUUCGCUGAUGAGCGGAAGCCUGAUGGAGAUCCGGUAUAUUCCGAUAUUGACGGCCCAGCACACGCUGCCUUUUAUACUGAGCUGGCUAAACAGAAGGCUCAAGGACCAUGGAAUGCAACUUUUGUCAAAGGGAGGGGGUAUGUUGAAUUCUCUGAAGCAAUCGUAAAUGACAGCGUCACGAUGAAACUCGACAUCCCUGGCCAAGAAAAAUGA